AGCAGCAACUAAUCGGAGCGAGCAGAUUUGCCCUUGGCCCCAGGCUCGGACCAUCGCGAGCCAUUUCCAAUCCGAACACUCAAUCGUUUGCCGAGAAGUGCCAGCUCUCAGGCAAACAUGACGAACUGGAAUUCAGGCAUGGAGGGUCUUAUCCCUAUCGUCAAUAGGCUGCAAGAUGCCUUCGCCAGCCUGGGCGUAUCUCUGGCCUUGGAUCUGCCACAAAUCGCUGUGGUAGGAGGUCAAUCUGCUGGAAAAAGCUCCGUCCUGGAAAAUUUCGUCGGGAGGGAUUUCCUCCCGCGAGGAUCUGGCAUCGUCACCCGCAGACCUCUCGUCCUCCAAUUGAUCCAUUCCCCCACCGAGUAUGCGGAAUUCCUUCACUGCCGCGGGAAGAAGUUUGUCAACUUCGACGAGGUGCGCAAGGAAAUCGAGGACGAAACCGACAGGGUCACGGGGGCAAAUAAAAAUAUUUCCCCCGUUCCAAUCAAUCUACGAGUAUAUUCUCCACACGUCCUCAACUUGACCCUUAUCGAUUUGCCGGGUCUUACCAAGGUGCCGGUUGGUGAUCAGCCCGCCGACAUUGAGCACCAGAUUCGGGAAAUGCUUUUCCAAUUCAUCAAAAAAGAAAGCUGUCUCAUUCUGGCCGUCACUUCCGCCACGCAGGACUUGGCUACGUCUGACGCUUUAAAAAUUGCCAAGGAAGUGGAUCCUGACGGUAUCCGCACCAUUGGUGUGAUCACGAAGCUUGAUCUCAUGGACGAUGGAACUGAUGCCCGUGAUAUCCUAGAAAACAAACUACUUCCGCUUCGACGUGGUUACGUCGGAGUCGUGAACAGAAGCCAAAGAGACAUUGAAGGCAAGAAAGAUAUCAAAGUGGCGUUAGAUUCCGAACGGAAAUUCUUCCUUUCUCACCCUUCAUACAGGCACAUGGCCGAUAGAUUGGGCACUCCCUUCUUGCAGCGUGUCUUGAAUCAGCAGUUGACCAACCACAUACGGGACAGUCUCCCGUCUCUUCGUGACAAAUUGCAAAAACAACUUCUCACCCUGGAGAAAGAGGUGGAGGAAUACAAACACUUCCGCCCUGAUGAUCCAUCGAGAAAGACGAAGGCCAUGCUGCAGAUGAUCCAACAACUGCAAACGGACUUCGAACGCAAUAUCGAAGGCAGUAGGUCAGCUGCAAUCAACACAAGCGAAUUGAGCGGAGGAGCCCGAAUUAACCGCUUAUUUCACGAAAGAUUUCCUUUUGAAAUUGUUAAGAUGGAGUUUGACGAGAAGGAGCUACGCAAGGAGAUCGCUUUUGCCAUCCGGAACAUCCACGGCAUUCGUGUCGGUCUUUUCACGCCUGACAUGGCCUUCGAGGCUAUAGUGAAAAGGCAGAUUGCGAAGCUGAAGGAGCCAAGCCUGAAAUGCGUUGAUCUCGUCGUUCAGGAGUUGGGCAAUGUGGUGCGACGAUGUGCGGAGAGAAUGAACCGCUACCCGCGACUCCGAGAGGAAGUCGAAAGGAUAGUUACCUCUCACAUACGCGAGCGGGAGCAGCACACGAAGCACACGAUUUCCUUGCUGGUCGAAAUACAACUGGCAUACAUGAACACCAAUCACGAAGAUUUCAUCGGCUUCACCAACGCUCAGCAGUCGGCCGAUUCGUCCACCCAGAACAAGGGCACAAGGAAACUCGGCAACCAGGUGAUCCGCAAGGGGUACAUGUGCAUCCACAACCUGGGCAUCAUGAAGGGAGGCUCCCGGGAUUACUGGUUCGUGCUGACGUCGGAGUCCCUAUCCUGGUUCAAGGACGAGGAGGAGAAGGAGAAGAAAUACAUGCUGUCCCUCGAUGGUCUGAAGAUCAAGGACAUCGAAGCGGGCUUCAUGAGCAAGAAGAAUACGUUUGCCCUCUUCAACCCAGAUCAGAGGAACGUGUACAAGGACUGCAAACAGCUGGAGCUGUCUUGCGAGAAUCAGGAGGAUGUGGACUCUUGGAAGGCGUCGUUCCUUCGAGCGGGAGUCUAUCCAGAGAGACAGAGCUCGGAAGUGGGCGAAGAGGGAGCUCAGGAGAGCGAAGGCGGAUCGGGAUCCAUGGAUCCCCAACUCGAGAGACAGGUGGAGACGAUCAGGAAUCUGGUCGAUUCCUACAUGAAGAUCAUCACGAAGACCUUCCGCGAUCUGGUCCCGAAGACCAUUAUGCACCUCACCAUCAACAACACCAAGGAUUUCAUCUAUGGGGAGCUCCUUGCGGCUCUGUAUGCGAGCGGAGACCAGUCGCAAAUGAUGGAGGAGUCUCCGGAGGAAGCCCAGAGGAGGGAGGAGAUGCUCCGCAUGUACCACGCAUGCAAGGAGGCACUCCAGAUUAUCGGCGAUGUGUCCAUGGCGACUGUUUAUCAGCCGACACCUCCACCGGUGAAGCAGGACUGGUUGCCAGCGAGCCAGCGGGCGUCGAAAGUAAGGGAUGAUCUUUUGCAGCCGACGGAUGCGCCUACAUCCCCGGGAGGGAAUCGGCGAGUCCUUCCCCCGGCACAGACAAGGCCCCCGCCGAACCCAGGCAACCGGCCCACACCCCCACCAGCCAUUCCGGGCCGACCGAGGCCAGCUGCGCCCUCGUGA